AUGGCCGCCCACCACCUCGAAAACCUCGAUAUCAGAUGUGAGUUGUGCCGUACUAAGUACGCCAAGGCUUGGUAUCCAGGAUGCAAAUCGACAAACUUGCUCGUGUGCCGACGCUGUGGAGAUAGGAACGGCAGAGGUCGAACCGAUUUUGGCGAUCGUUCCGAAAGCGAACGCGGCCCCGGAGAGCUCACUUACCAGGAAGCCCGUGAAAUUGCCGGUAAUGCGAUCUUGAAACCCGAGUUCUUCGACUACAUGAAACGCGUCCAUAACAUCGACAGAUCGGUGGCGGCAAUCAAUGAAGCGAAGCAACUGGAGGAUGCCCUGAACUUAUAG